ACAAAACAAAUAAUCGACGAGAAACAAAGUUAACAAGUGAAUAACUAAAUAAAAUAGUGUUUAUCAAAAUAAAAAUUUUACGUCAUCUCAAACUAUACUGAAAUAUUAGCACUUUUAAAAUUACCGACUUUUGCUUAAAAUUAUCUGAAUUUACCGCAUUUACUACCAAACUGCAUGGUCAUAAUACAAAUAGCUAUGGUAAAAAUUAUCUUGUUUUUUGAUGUUCACAUAGUGCCAAAAGCAAGGUAAAUUUGACCCCAUUUCGGUAGUUUUGAUCAUACUUUUAUUAGCACUGUUGAAAUUGCCGACUUUUGUUCAAAAUUAUCUGAAUUUACGGCAUUUACUACCAACCUACAUGGUAAUAACAACACUAUUUUAUUGUUUAUUUUACCAAAAAGUCAGUAACAGAUCACUAUGAUAUGAGCACAAGAAAUCGCCAUGACAUCCGAAAAUACCCUCGAAUUUCCACAUGGUCCAGACCUGAACUCUACAAGUGAAAACGUUAACUAUAUAAUUGGUGCUGCAUUCAAUUUCCUCAACUCAUCACCUGACUUUUUUAACAGUUCUGAUCAACCUGAACGACGUUACAUAUCGAGUGUUGGACAAAUCUUCAUCACUGGCAUUUACGUGUUUGGUGCUGUUGUUAAUGUGUGCUCUCUGGUGCUACUGUCACAAGGGGAAACAGCGAGAAAUCGGAAACUGACUCUAAUGAUAAGAUGCUUGACAGCAAACGAUCUUAUGGCCCUCUGUACUUCAUUUUUCUUGCUGUAUAUGAAACUGUAUCUCCACCCUAGCCUUGUAGCUAGUCGGUGGUAUUGUGGAUUAAGAGUUUUGACACGGUUUUUUGGUUUUAGUUCUGGAAGUGUGGCAUCAGUCAUGGCUGUGGAAAGGUUCAUUGCUCUUACGAGACCAUUUUUCUAUCAAAAACAUAUCACCCAUAAAGUAGUAAAACGAGCCAUAUUCGUGCAGUGGUUCCUUGUUAUGUUCAUUGUUCUUCUUCCAUUGGCUGGAUUCGGAGUGUACUACCAUUUGGACGUGCAGACCGGAGCUUAUAUUUGUUCUCGUUACCGGCAGGCAACAGAGCCACUGGAUAUAGGGUAUGCCUAUCUCAUGUUUGGUUUUGGCACUACCAUGUGCAUUGUGAUUGUAACGUGUAACCUUGCUGUAGUCGGUGCCCUGUGUCGAAUAAGUCCAGAAAGUAGCCAUGUCCGACGCACGACUGUUUCCAAAGAUCAUAGAGAACUAUCUUUUAAUCACACAACACAAGAAGAGCUCUCUUUUGCAAAGCUUAUGGUUAUUCUUUGCAUAUUUUUUGUAGUAUGCUGGUUGCCGCAAAUGGCAACUGUCAUCAUCUCACAAUUGCAUCCCGACAUGACGAAUCAUCCAUUCUUCAGGAUAGCUGACGUUUGCACGGCCCUCAAUUUCAUCUUAGAUCCCAUAGUGUACGUACUGUCCAGGAGGCCCCACCGACGUGGCCUGAGGAGGCUUUUGAAGCCCAUCUGCCACCAGUGUUGGCCACAACAAGAAAUUUCCAGCUGCACAACUUCGAACAGCCAAGGUACAAAAGGCAAGGAAUUGUGCCUCAUACCACCGUUGCCAGAAUCGAACUUAACCAAGUUUGAAUCCCCCGCAAGUACACUGAAGAGUUUGGAAGCAGCCCGCCGAUGAAGUGAAGGACCUGUAAAAAUAUGUAUAUUUCUUUGUUGUGUACGAUUGUAUACGAUCUUUCUAGUCAAAUGAUAAUGAUAUACUUCACCCAAGAAGUAAUUAUGAUUACAAAAAAGUGA